GGGCCGUUCCUUCCGGCGUGCUCCGCGGCGCCUGGCUCACUCCAGCCCCUUGGCUGGUGGGACGGGUCGGAAAUGGCCGCGCCCGGCGCUGGGGCGACUCGGCUGCUCCUGCUCUUGCUGAUGGCGGCAGCAGCCCCCAGCCGGGCGCGGGGUAGUGGUUGCCGGUCCGGGGCCGCUGUGCGGGGGGCGGGGGCGGAAAGUCGAGAGGGUGAGGGCUGCGGCGCCGUGGGGCUGCUGCUGGAGCACUCAUUUGAGAUCGAUGAUAGUGCCCACUUCCGGAAGCGGGGCUCGCUGCUCUGGAGCCAGCAAGAUGGCACCUUGUCGUUGUCGCAGCGGCAGCUCAGUGAGGAGGAGCGGGGCCAGCUCCGGGAUGUGGCAGCGCUGAAUGGCCUGUACCGUGUCCGGAUUCCACGGCGGCCUGGGGCCCCUGACGGCCCAGAAGCCAGUGGCUACGUCUCCUCCUUUGUCCCCGCGUGCUCCCUGGUAGAGUCGCACCUCUCGGACCAGCUGACCCUGCACGUGGACGUGGCCGGCAACGUGGUGGGGGUGUCGGUGGUGACAUACCCUGGGGGCUGCCGGGGCCACGAAGUGGAGGACGUGGGCCUGGAGCUGUUCAACACCUCAGUGCGGCUGCAGCCGCCGGUCCCAGCGCCAGGGCCCGAGACAGCAGCCUUCAUCGAGCGCUUGGAGAUGGAGCAGGCCCAGAAGGCCAAGAACCCCCAGGAGCAGAAGUCCUUUUUCGCGAAAUAUUGGAUGUACAUCAUUCCCGUGGUCCUGUUCCUCAUGAUGUCGGGAGCACCGGACGCCGGGGGCCAGGGCGGGGGCGGCGGCGGCGGCGGAGGCGGUGGCCGGUGAGGGGCCCAGGGUCCGUGAGUGCCCCGUCCUCUUUCCCUCAGCGGACGCCCUUCCUGCCCAGCGUGCUCAUGUCCUUGGUCAUCACAGGAAGGAUUUGCCGGCCCCUCCUGUCUCCCCGUCGCAUGAGGGUAGGAGAGCGCCCCCUCCCCAGGAGUCCCUUCCCUCUGGGCCUUGGCGUCACUGGUGGUGGAAGGGCGGCGGGUUCUGGGUCCUGCUGCGCCCCGCCCCCCCCUGUGGCCCCGCUGUAGCCCCAGAGGCUUCCCUUUGCCACAGGAUAGAGCCCAAGCUCCUGGUCCAGCUCUGACCUCACUUCUGGUUCCCCCCACCCCACCCCCUGAGGCCUGCAGUUUGGGAACAUGCCUAGUUCUCUCCAGCCGCUGUGCCUUUGUCGUGGUCUUCUCGCCCUGCCUGGCCAGGUUAGAUGAUACCCCUAACUUGUCUGACACUGGGUUGGGACACCAGCCUCCUGUCUGUCUGCCCUUGAGGGCACCCUGGGGCUCCUCGCGGCCCAGAGCAGGGGUGGGCUGGCCACGGGUGCCCCCUUUUCCAUCCCUCCGUGCAGCCCUGUCCCCUGUUUUGGCCUAUAUCUGCCCACGGCUGUUAGUGGGAGUUGAGAGUUCCUGCCAUCAGGAUGCCAGGCCCUCCAUAGGCUUCUGGGCUUGAAGAAGUGAUGUUGAAAGUCAAAACAAACAUUGAGUGGAGUCAGGGGCCAGAUGAUGUAAAUAGAAUCCCUUUCCUGGCCUGGGUAUCUUCCCUGGGACUUUGCUGGGUCCUUGCUAUCUAUCUCCCCUUCUCCUUUUGUCUGUUUAAAAACAUUGACAAGGCAACAUAUUGAAAUAGGUAAACAUUUUGGAAAGUUACAACUUGCAGCAACCCAGUGCAACUGUUGACUUGGCUAAGAGGCGGUCGGGAUGUACCGGCACUGCUGAAUUCCCCUGGUCACUGUGUGUGCUAUUCAGAAACACCAAAAAAUGGCCGCCGUUGUCAUGGUAACAGCUGCGUCAGGCUCCACGGUGUCUGUAUAGCAGUUUAUUAAACUGUCCCCCAAACGUUCAA